AUGACGGACAGGCUGGCUAAGCAGAGUCCCAUGAGUGGCGACACGGCUCCUCCUGCAACUCCCGACCCGGCCCACAGCGCUAAGGAAUCUGCUCCUAUUACGACACCUAUCCCCACGACACCGGCAGGCCAUCGAAGCCCCCCUCCCCAUACCCCUCAUGUACCUAGCAGUCCCUUUCCAGCUCGUACGCCUCGCACGCCAGCAGCCCCGGUAGUGACCACAUGCACCGAUGACAAAGAACUAUAUGCCACAGUGACUGUACACACCGCCAAAUGUACUGAAUGUGACAAGCGGAACAAGAAGACCAUGCUUCGUUGCCCGAAUUGCACAUUCCAACUCUGCUCGCCUUGCUACGAGAAGCGCCGAAAGCGAGGAAAGGGCCUUCGUCACGGGAACAUGGGAACACCAGGUGCAACCGAAGGUGCUGCCACGCCCGGAACUGGAAAGCGAACAGUAAGAAUGAAGCCGUCUCCUUCUACAAACACACCCACGGGCGAGGCUACCAAGAAGAGCGCCGAUGAGACCAAGCAUGGAGAAGUAGUCGACGACCACAUGGUGUCACCUACCAAGAAGUCAACUGACAAGAAGACUUUGGCCAACAAGAAGCGUCGCGCUCAAGAUAGUGUAUCCGAGGACUCGUCCGAGGACAACUUCGAGCCUGACCACGCCACGCCGACACCUAGCAAACGCCGCCGUAGUGAGCUGACGUUUGCAGAGAGCGCUCUCGCUACCGCAGGCAGGGCACCGCCAACCACACGUGCAUCUCGCAAGUCAGCACCGCAGGAACAUACACCUUUGUCGGCACCACCCAAUCUGGCCGACCCAAGUGCUUCUGUCGUUCCUAAGUCUGGCCGGAUCCAUGAGCUGAUGCGUCAACACGGAGUCGAACAUUACGACGAGCACCUUCUAGGACGUCGCGAACCUAUCCUAUCAAACCCGGCACCACGCAUCCCAGCCAUCAUCAAGCGCGACGGUAAGCCACGCCCUUCGGCAGACGAUAUCUAUCCGAACAUUCAAACCAAGCUUAGGGAGAGGAUGCAGAAGGACAAGGGCCACGAGGCUGCCGGCGAGGCAUCAGCAAGCCAGAUGACUGUGAACAAGGUAAGUUACAAAGCAUGGACGGAUCUUCAAGAAGCUAACGUUAUGGAGAGUGAUGUCGAGAGGCAAGAGUACUUGUGUACAGUUCGCGGUUUCGUCGAGACAGCGGCCGCCAAGUACCAGGGCCAUACCAUGGACGACGAGGAGAAAAAGGCGGUGUUGCACGCCAUGGAGGCCGCCGCCCUGGUGUGGGGCAAGAAGGUGUACACCAAGCUAGAUCAUAAUACGCAGCAGCAGGUACGACCAGGCUUGUUGUUGCGUCUUGAUCGCAUUGGCUACGAGUACUCUGUUGAGCUUGGACAACUGAUGGAUGGCUAUGCAGUUCGGGCGUUGCAGGAGCUUGGGAUUGGCCGAGGUGCGCCCGCGUCACUGCCACCAACUACGCUCACAUAG